GACUCGUGUUUAUUUUCCCCACAGCUGCUGGAGCUGACAAUUCGGAGCUGUUGCGAUUUUCUCGUGUUCAAUUCUCACUGGCAACCGGAAAAAUGUCAGCGGCUGAGGAUUUCACCAACUUCCCGCGUAACGCGUGGGAAAAAGUGUUGUCGAAGGUGAAGAAAGCUGUUGUUUUCAUGGAUGACAGGUGCGCCGAAGCUCUGCACUGGAGUGGAGGAGUCACCGCUUUACUGGACGCUGGAGCCAGAAAUCUGAAGCAGUUCUCAAGCUUCGAAGCGUGCAGCGUCAACGAGCCAAAAGCCGUGUUUGUGGUGAGCACUUUGCUGAAGGGAAGAACGGUGGACAUCAUUAAAGACAUCAUCUCGCUCAGCCACUUCCAGUACUGCGUUGUUUUCACUGCCGUGCCACACUCCGUGCACCUGCUCGCCAACAACGUAACGGCAGAGAUGGAAGGGAGCCCUGUAUUCCAGCAGUUUGAGGAGAAGCUCUGUGAGUGGAUGGGAAACAUGAACUACACGGCUGAGGUCAUGCACGCCCCCGUGGUCUUCGCCCCUGUAUCGCAGCAGCUCAUUGUCACACCUGCAUUUGCUCACCUGUUCCCAUUGCUCCUACCUGACCUAGAGUCAAUCAACUCUAAACGACCAGAGAAGAAGAGAUUUGGAAAUCUGAUUGACCUGGACUUGCAUUCUCUCCCCUUUGAACUACAAAUUGAAAUUAAAUGUUUGGCUGCAUCACUGAAUGCAAUGUUUGAGGCCACGGGUACCAGGGAGGAGAGCUUUGCCGUGGGUCCCAUGAGCCGCAUCAUUGCAGGGGAACUGGCAAAUCAUCCUCAAGCAAAAAACCGAAGGAAAACAGCCCCAAAUAAAGCAUCCAUCAUAUUUGUGGAUCGAACAUUGGAUCUCACAGGAGCUGUUGGACACCAUGGGGAUAACCUGGUGGAGAAGAUCCUGACCAUGCUGAAGCCUUUACCUGGUCAUGUGACUGAUGUGCAGGUGGACAUGUUGGAACUCACAAGUCUGCAGCAAACAAAGCACUCUCACAACACUGUGGCCCCUGGCUGUCUUUCACAGAGCCAGUCACCUGCUGCAAGGUCACUGUGGGAGGCCAUGCUGACCAGUAAACAUAAAGAGGGGGUGAUGGAGAUCCGCAGGCAUCUGGUUGAAGCAGCCAGUAAGGAGAAGCUUCCAAUCAAGAUGAGCAUGGGCCGUGUGACCCCCGAGCAGCUCUGUUCUUACAUGCAGCUAUUUCGGAGCAGUUGGGGGGCGCUAGAGAGUCACUGUGGAGUUCUCCAGUUGGGCCUGGCCACUGCCCAGACACUGCGCCACCCCUGCAUGCCCCGGUGGGAUGCUUGCCUCGCUUUCGAGAGGCUGCUGCUGCAGGCUUUAGGAGAUUCUAACUUCCCUGCUGUGCUGAGGCAGCUGCUGCCUUUGAUGAAGCCCCGCGGAGGUGAGGACAGCUCGGCCUCGGGGUCGAGGCUCGGGGAGGACGAGUGCGGACCCGAUGAGCUGAUCCUCCUGCUGGUCUAUCUGUACUCCCUUGCUGAUGAAGCACAGCCUGUGGAUGAGGAAGAGCAGGAGGAGGAACUGGAGAAGCUGGAGAGGGAGCUGAUCGGAGCCCUCACCCUAGUGAUCAUCCGAGAGACGGAGCUCAGCCCGUUGCUCCAGAAACUUACCGGUUGCGCGGACCCUGCAGAGCUGACCACAGAGCGAGCGCAUUCGGCAGUGGAGGAGAUGUUCGACACCCUCCGAGGUCUGAGCCACACCCGAGACCACCUGAAGCAGCUGCGCUCCGUUUACGCCACCAGCGAUGGAGUUCACCAGGCCACAUACCGUCCUCUCCUGAAACAGAUCCUGGAGGAAGUCUUCCUUCCCGAGAGACGUGAGUGUCCAGACAUCGAACACAUGUCCGGCGGCCUGACAGACCUGCUAAAAACCGGCUUCAGCAUGUUCAUGAAGGUGAGCCGUCCGCAUCCCAGCGAUAAUCCUCUGCUCUUCCUCUUCCUGGUGGGAGGGGUCACGCCCUCCGAGCUUCGCCUCAUCAAAGAGAUCGCUGCCGCACAGAAACCAGGAACUCAGGUGCUGAUCCUCUCCACCCGAUUGCUGCGACCAACUGAUAUCCCUGAGCUGCUCUUCAACACCCAGAGGCUGACGCCUGAUAUUGGUGUCUGAACCGGCGUCACGUGGCAGCGUGUGCACAUGGACAGACACAUGGAACUGCAACGGCCUCGCGGCGAGAAAUUAAAGAGGGAUGGAAUAAAUAAUGACGUUAAGAUGCAUAAUCGCAUUCCUGUCCUGUUUGUGUCAGGCAGAGUCUCACUGUGGGUGUCACAACAACUUUGUCAGCUAUGUGUGAGACGCUGUUUGCACCAAAUGUUAAUGUAAAGCAAUAAAGUCACUAAG